CCGCAUCACUUCCUCGCUCUCCUCUCCUCUACGCUCCUCGUCGCGAGCCCGCGUCUCCCACGCCUCCCUCGCUGGCUCCCCCUCCCUCCGGACCUCCCCACUCCAGAUCCAGUCUGGCCCGCCGCCGCCGAUGUCCGAGGAUCCCGCGUGCUCCCGCCGCUCGCGGUGCGACCUCGGCGGCGACGAGCGCUGGCUCUCGGGGCCCGCCGGCGACGACCACUUCGACCGCCUCCCGGACGCGCUUCUCCUCGUCAUCUUCAACCGCAUCGGCGACGUCAAGGCGCUCGGCCGCUGCUCCCUCGUCUCCCUCCGCUUCCACGAGCUCGUCCCCCUCGUCGACUCCGUCCUCGUCCGCGUCGACUGCGUCAUCCCCGACGAGCCCCCCUCCUCGUCCUCGCCGUCGACGCCGUUCUCUCCUACGGCGUCCGUGCGAGCCCGUGGGGUCUUCUCACAGAUCGCGCGCAUCGUGCUCGGCGGCAUCGUGAAGCCCAUACAGGCGCUCGGUCAGAUCCUCUCCCCCGCCAACUCCGCCUCUGGCUUUCCGGCAUCCUCCGAUUCCUCGCCAUCGUCGUCCUCCUCAUCUUUGCCACUGCCUCUUGCGGAUGUGUCGCACCACUCUCCCUCGGAGGUGCUCCGCUCCUUCAAAGAGCUCCGCCACCUUCGCAUCGAGCUCCCGGCGGGCGAGCUCGAUAUGGACGACGGCGUGAUGCUCAAGUGGAAGGCCGACUUUGGGUCCACACUGGGCAGCUGCGUCAUCCUUGGAGCAUCCUCGGCCUCGGCCUCGGCCUCGGUCUCGCCCUCCUCCGCUGACUCAGAUAGCACGAGCACCGCUCCCUCUGUUGACGGUGGCCGCACUGAACCUGAUGAAUGUGUCGAUUCAGGAAGCAUCCCGGAGUCGUUCUACACAAACGGGGGGUUUAAGCUGCGGGUGGUUUGGACAAUCAGCUCAUUGAUUGCGGCCGCCGCCAGGCAUUACUUGCUGCAGCCGAUCAUUGCUGAUCACAAGACGCUCGAGAGGUUGGACCUGACAGAUGCUGAUGGCCAGGGAGUGCUCACCAUGGACAAGUGCCAACUGCAGGAGCUGAGGGUGAGACCGCUAUCAACAUCUAGGGGCUCACACCGGACGCUCAUGCCAGAGCUUAGCAUGUGGCUGUGGUACGCACCAUGUAUUGAGCUGCCUGGGGGGCUGGUGCUAAAUGGCGCAACGCUUGUGGCCAUCAAGCCAAGUGAGGAAGGAACAUGGGACACAGUUUGGAAUGGGGCUGCUGGUGCAGCCUGGGUGUUGGAUGCAUUCGAGGAGCCGUAUAGGACAGCGGUGAGGAUGCUUCUCAAGCAGAGGACCUACAGUCUUGAGAUGAAUUCGUUCUAACUAUGGGGAGAUGACAUUUUGAAAGCUUCAGAUGUGAGAGGAUGCUAUAACUACUGAUGUCCUGGAUGCCUUUUAUGCACCAAUCUGCACCUACUUCAGAUGUGCCAAGUAUGUGCUAUUGUAUGCUUCUUGUUGAGCAUCUGACAGCAGGAACAUGGAUGAAUUCAAAGACACUGUUAAUUUAUGGAAAUGCCAAAGGCAUAGUUGAGUUGGUGGUGUUCUCUGAGAUCAGAUGUGGCACAGAUAGUUUUUUUUCUAUAUGUAUCCACAUCAACUCAUCAAUGUACUAGCCUUAUGUAAUUUCAACUGUUGGAUUGUGGGAUUUUGCUGCUUGUUUGCAGAACAGCAUCCAGCGUGCUCUGUACCUCAAUGUGUGUCAAGAGUGGGCUCGAAGAUUUGGCGUCAGCGGAAGCUA